UUCAUUUAAACAAAAAUGACACCCAAAAACGUUGAAGAGGAUGGAGAUGCUGGGACUGAAGAAAUUGACCCCAUGGAUCUGCUUGAUCCUGUGGACAUACUAUCCAAGAUGCCCAAGGACUUUUACGAGAAACUCGAGGAGAAGAAGUGGACUCUCAGGAAGGAGGCUCUAGAGGCUUUGGAGAAACUGCUCACAGAUCAUCCGAAGCUGGAGAGCGGCGAGUAUGGGACUCUGGUGAACGCCCUGAGGAAAGUGAUUACCAAGGAUUCCAAUGUGGUACUGGUGGCCCUGGCUGGCAAGUGCGUGGCCAUGUUGGCCAAAGGAUUGGGCAAACGCUUCUCCAACUAUGCAUCGGGCUGUGUGCCGUCGCUGCUGGAAAAGUUCAAAGAGAAAAAACCCAAUGUGGUGGCUGCUCUGCGUGAGGCCAUGAAUGCCAUUUACAUGUCCACAUCGCUGGAGGCCCAGCAGGAGGCCAUUGUGGAGUCCCUGGCCAACAAGAAUCCGACCGUCAAGUCUGAGACGGCUCUCUUCCUGGCCCGCGCCCUGUGCCGCACCCAGCCCACGGCCCUGAACAAGAAGCUGCUCAAGCUGAUAGCCACCAAUCUUGUAAAGACCCUUAAUGAACUGGAUCCCACGGUGCGCGACCGCAGCGCCGAGGCCCUGGGCACCCUCAUGAAGCUGGUGGGCGAAAAGACGCUGGAGCCACUGCUGGCCGAUGUGGAUCCCCUCAAGAUGAGCAAAAUCAAGGAGUGCUACGAAAAGGCAGAGAUCAAGGUGAAGAUUGUCGGCCCCAAAAAAGAGACGCGUCCAGCCUCUGCCCCGCAAACGAAGGCUGGGGGAGCAGCCAGACCCACGGCAGGCAGUGCGGCACCAAAGGCAGUGGCACGACCCGCCACUUCGGGGGCACGCAAGUUAGUCAAGAAGAAUCCUGCAGCCGCAGCUCCGGCUGCUGCCGCUGCCUCCAAGGCAGCAAAUGCCAAGGCGCUGGCCACCGAGCGUGAUAUGCCCGCGGAGGAGGUGCAGGACAAGGCGGAGGAGAUGCUGCCAGCCGAAAUACUCAGUGGAUUGGUGGACUCCAACUGGAAGACGCGCCUGGCUGCCGUGGAGCAGCUGCAGGGCGAGAUCCCCAGCUACGAUGCCAAGCAGCCGGGCAUCUCCCAGAUGCUGGUGCGCACCGUCAGCGGUCGGAAGCCCGGCCUGAAGGAGAUGAACUUCCAAGUGCUCAAACUGAAGCUGGACAUUAUACGCAGCGUCGCGGAGACCUAUCCCCUGACCACCAUCACCGUGGAUCAUGUGAUCAACGAGAUCACGGAGAAGCUGGCCGAUGCCAAGAACGGACCAGUCGCCGGCGAUGUCCUGUCCGCCUUUGCGGAGGCCACCAAGCUGGAGUACGUUGUGGGCAAGGUCCUGGGCUUCGCCUUCGAGCAAAAGUCCCCGAAAGUGCAGUCGGAGGCAUUCAAUUGGGUGGCCAAGGCCAUUACGGAGUUCGGCUUCCAGAUGCAGCCGAAGCUGCUGAUCGAGGAGGUGCGCAAGGGCGUGCAGAGCACCAAUCCCACGGUGCGUGGUGCCGCCAUCCUCCUGGUGGGCACCAUGUCCAUGUACACUGGCCAGUCCCUCAUGAUGUUCUUCGACGGCGAGAAGCCCGCCUUAAAGGUACAAAUUCAGACGGAGUUCGACAAGAAUGUGGGCGAGAAGCCGCCGCGUCCAGUGCGUGGAGCACAGCGUGGGAGCGGUGGCGGUGCCGGCACUCCAGAUGGCGGCGACGACGACGACGACGCUGGCGGUCAGGAUGAGGAUAUGGCCUGCAACAUGGCGGAUCUGCUGCCACGCGUCGACAUUGCACCGCAGAUCACGGAGGCGCUGCUCAAGGAAAUGUCCGACAAAGACUGGAAGAUUCGUAACGAGGGACUGACGAAGCUGCAGACCAUCAUCUCGGAGGCGCGGCUCAUCAAGCCAUCUAUCGGAGACCUGGGCCCCGCCUUGGCCCACCGUCUCGUGGACUCGAAUGCGAAGAUUGCCCAGACGACGCUCUCCAUCUGCGAGCAGCUGGCCACCGCCAUGGGCUCGGGGUGCCGCAACCACGUGCGCACCCUCUUCCCGGGCUUCCUGCAUGCCCUGGGCCAUGGAAAGGAUUUCGUGCGGGCCGCCGCCCUCAGCUGCAUCAAUACGUUCGGCGAGAAGGGCGGCUACAAGGAGUUCUUCGAGAGCGAAAUGAUUGCCGAUGCCCUCAAGGGCCCUUCAACAGCUCUCAAGGUGGAGCUGUGGGCGUGGUUGGCGGAUAAACUGCCGGGAAUACCGCCCAAAACGAUUUCCAAGGAGGAUCUGAACUCCAUGGUACCGCAGCUGUAUGCCCACAUCUGCGAUCGAACGGCGGAUGUGCGAAAGAACGCCAACGAGGCGGUCCUUGGGGUAAUGAUUCACCUGGGAUUCGAGGCCAUGAACCGGGCCCUCGACAAACAGAAGCCCGCCUCGAAGGCGGCCAUACUGGCGUCCCUCGAAAAGGCGCGUCCCAAUCUGCCCGUCAAGCCGCUGCCCAAAGGCAAACAGCAGGCGCCAAUACUCGAGAAUUCCGUCAAGAAGACAGUCCGUGGAAGAGGCACCAUUGGAGGGGCUGCAGCCCAGAAGGCGCGCAAUGCCAGGGCCACUGUCGCAGGCGAGAAGGCGGCGGUCACAUCGCGAAAGAAGGAUGAAGAUGUAGACACGUCGCCCCUGCUGGCUGUCAAUACGGCCAAGAACCAGCGACUCCUCGACGAGCAGAAGAUGCGUGUCCUCAAGUGGACCUUCACCACGCCCCGCGAGGAGUUCAGCGAACUGUUGCGCGAACAGAUGACGGCAGCGAGCGUAAACAAGGCUCUAAUGGCCAAUAUGUUCCACGAUGACUUUCGCUAUCACUUGAAAGUCAUCGAACAGUUGAGCGAUGAUUUGCCCAGCAAUGGCAAGGCCUUGAUCUGCAAUCUGGAUUUGAUACUCAAGUGGCUGACGCUGCGCUUCUACGAUACGAACCCUUCUGUCCUGCUCAAGGGUCUCGACUAUCUGAUGCAGGUCUUCCAGAUGCUCGUCGAAGUGGAAUAUAUCCUCGGGGAGAACGAGGUCGCAAGCUUUGUGCCUCAUUUGCUGCUCAAGAUUGGUGAUCCCAAGGACACUGUACGGAAUGGCGUGCGUCGCGUCCUGCGUCACGUACUGUUGGUCUAUCCCUAUUCCAAGAUCUUCCCUUACGUUAUGGAUGGCCUCAAGUCAAAGAAUGCCCGCCAGCGCACCGAGUGCCUAGACGAACUCACCUUCCUGGUCGAAUCGUACGGGGUGGGAAUCUGUUCGAAUGCCUCCAUCAAGGACAUCUCUCGCCAGAUCUCCGACCGCGACAACUCUGUGCGCAAUGCGGCCCUCAACUGCAUGUUGCAGGUGUUUUUCCUCACAGGCGAGAAGCUCUACAAGCAGCUUAACCAUCUUAACGAAAGGGAUCUCUCAAUGCUGGAUGAGCGCAUCAAGCGGGCCAAAAAGACAUACAAACCGCCAUCGACUGCACCCGCAGAAAUGCCAAGCGGUGGGGGCAAAGUGGCAGCCCCGCCUCGCCUCCAGCAGCAGGAGAGCAUCGAGAUCGAGGACGCUGUGGUGGGCAAUGGCUACGGGGAUGAGUUGCCGCCGCCAAGUGACGGCAAGCAGCGAGAGAGCAACCAAAUGGAGGGAAAUAGCAUGAAUGUGGCGGCCUAUUUAAAUCCUCUGACUCGACAGGCCACCUUCGACCAGGCACCGUCCUCACAGCAGUCCCAACAACAAAGGCCCAGUGGACCCUUUGGCUUGGACCCGCAGGUGAUAGCUGAGAUCGAGAAGGAUUGGGUGCGCGUGGAUGAUAUGAAAUUCAAGGAGCUGCCGUCCGUGGACAUAUCGCUGCUGUACGAGCCCAUCAAGGUAAUACCCACUAACGGAGGCGUCUAUUAUCCACAGGAUAAGUUCGACCGCCUCAUCUCACGCCAGCAGUACAUGCCCCAGACCAUCACAACGUCCCCCUCAGCCAAUGCCAGCAUGGCCAGCGGCAUCUCGCCCUAUCGCAGAUCCUUCCGCAACCAGCAACAGCAGCACCAGAACCACAUGGAGAACCAUAUUCCCAACCUGGCUGAUGUCCUGCCCAAGCAUGAUCCACAGCUGGUGAAGGUGAUCAAGGCUGUCAGCAGCAUGGACACCAUGAAGGCUCGGGCGGCCAUUAACGAGCUGGCGGCCAUCAUUGAGUCGCCCGAGAAGCAGGCCGUCCUGCGCGACUAUGAGGACAUAUUCAUACAUAACGUGCUGGAACAGCUGAAGCAUCUUUCACAGCAGCCAACGGCGCAGUCUUUGGUGAUGUACCAGCCGCUGUUGUCCAUUUUGUAUACGUUUUUCCAUGCCAACAUUCUGGGCAAAACACUGGGCGUGACCUACAUCAAGCAUCUCAUGUCUGCGCUGCUCCAUUUGAUGGCCGAUCCCAAGUUGGCCAACGGCGAGGACGGCCAGUACAACAAGGUGAUCAAUGGCAUCUGUUUGAAAGUGCUGGAAAAGGUUAAUUUCACGAAUUUAAAUUGUGCCCUCAUCCGUUUGCUGCGUGAAACCUGCCCGGUGGCUGGACUCCCCAAAUUCACGGAUCUGCUGAUGAAAUGCAUUUGGCGGAACGUCAAGAUGCUGCCAGAGCGCAGCAAUGAGCUAAACUACGAUGACGUGAUAUUGGAGGCGCACGAAUUCAUGCUGGCACUGCCCAGCACCUGGUGGCAGAACCGGCCAUCGGACACGCCGCUGCGCACAGUCAAGACGAUUGUCCACAACAUGGCCAAGGUGAAGGGCAAUGCCAUACUGCAGCAUCUCAAUCAGAUACCCACACACUCGGAGUUGCACACGUAUUUGAUACGCAUCCUGAAGAAUUUCCAAAAGGAUGGCUCUUCGGUAGGGACGGGUGCCUCACCACAAAGAGCCAAGGAGAUUGCUUCGAAGCGUAUCUCGCAUCAGACCCAUGACACAGUAUCGCAAAUCUUUAAGCUUAUCUCCGAUAGAGACACCAAGCAGCAAGGACUGCAGAAGCUAUACGAUUUUAAGCAACAAAAUCCAGAUAUAGAUCUGAGCACCUUCCUGCAGGGCUCCAGCGCCACUUUUCACAAGUACAUUGAGGAGGGUCUGGCAGAAAUCGAGCGCAGUCAGAAUGGAAUGCCCGGCUCCGCUGGACAGGCGCCGGACAAUCGCUUGGCUGCUACACGUUCUUAUCUCACAGAUGCCAAUCAUCAGAAUCUGAAUCAUAAUCAGAAUGCUGCCGGCGAGCGUGAUGCCGACUUCUGGAUGGACCGACUGCAGUAUUUGAUGGGCGGUGGUGUAGGUGUCGGUGUCAGUGUCAGUGGAAAAAUGAUGUCCACGCGCCAUACCGCAGACGAUGGCUCGCGCGUGAUGAUGGACAAUAAGGUGGCCGAUGAGAAUCUCUGCUUAAACUCGGGCUUGGGCUCCCAGAAGGCUUCGCUCAUUCGACGAGAGAAACCCGAUGUCUCGCCAAAUCGCUUGCAGCAUAUCCAGGCAAAGCUGGCACAGAUCAAGAAGGAGAGCCACGCCCAAUAGGAGUAUUAUGC